AUGUUUCAACUUUCGCGGGUCCGCGGCAAGCCAAGCAGGCUUGGACUUGCUAGCUUAGGGAUUGGUACACGAUCACCUCUUCCUACAAGACCUUUUCGACUACUAUCGACAGAUACACUGGCACCACCCAAAUCCCCAAGGCCAAGGCCGCAGAUACCAAUCGAGCCUCGUCCGAGGUCUCGUUUACUUAGCCGUAUCCUGUUGGUGGCAAAAUAUACUGGAUAUGCGGCACUCUCCUCGACAUUUGGGAUUCUGUUACUAGGCGCAGGCAUAUUCAUUCAUGACGCUUUUACUUACACGAGCAAGAAUAUCCACCGCGUACCGGUAUUACCUCUUGCACUUCAUCCAGAGCAGGGGGGACCGAAGAACCUGCCAAUUGUGAGGGCACUCGUGGAUGACGUGGAGGAUGAGGAGGCGAAGAGCCUUUUGAACAAACCGAAGUUGGUAGUUGUAGGAGGAGGCUGGGGGGCUGUUUCUGUCCUGCAAACACUAUCUCUCGGUGACUACCACGUGACCGUCGUGUCACCGGAAACCUUUACCACUUUUACUCCUCUUUUACCUUCGGCCGCGGUCGGUACAGUCCAGGUUCGCACGUUGGUCGAGCCUCUACGCAAGAUCAUAGCUCGUCUUCGCGGCCAUUUCGUAGACGCCAAGGCUGUUGACCUUGUGAUGUCCGAGCGGUUACUAGAACUGGAGACUGUGACUUCAACUGGUGAAUCCCAACGUAUUUAUCUUCCCUAUGAUAAACUGAUCAUUGCAUGCGGCUCGACUUCCAGUACACACGGCGUCCCGGGUCUACAACACUGUUUCCAACUGAAAACCAUAUCGGAUGCACAGGCUAUCCGACGGCGAAUUCUUGAUAACUUCGAAACGGCCAGUCUUCCUACCACAACUCCUGAAGAACGCAAGCGCUUGCUAUCAUUCGUUGUUUGCGGAGGUGGCCCAACAGGCGUCGAGACAGCAGCCGAAAUCUAUGACUUCUGCCAAGAGGACAUAGCGAACUACUAUCCCAAGAUAUGCCGCGAGGAAGUCUCCAUACAUGUGAUCCAGUCACGCGAGCAUAUUCUCAACACAUAUUCGGAGGCCAUAUCAAGAUAUGCUGAGGAAAAGUUCCGUCGUGAUCGCGUAGACCUAGUCACGUCUGCUAGAGUUGGCUCCGUUCACCCUGAUCACGUCGUGUAUACCGUGCGGUCGCCGGACGGGACGAUUACCACACAUGAGAUCCCGACAAAUUUUGUACUGUGGUCCACCGGCAUUGCAAUGAACCCCUUUACCCGUCGGGUAUCCAACUUAUUGCCCAAUCAGGUGCACAAGAAGGCGAUCGAAGUUGACGCCCAUCUUCGUGUAAAAGGUGCGCCGUUGGGCGACGUGUAUGCCAUUGGAGACUGUGCAACUGUUGAGACGUCUAUCGUGAGCUACCUGCUAGAGUUGGUCGAUGAGGCCGACAAGAACAAAGAUGGCAGGAUCGACUUUGACGAAUUUGAUUUUAUGGUUGCAAGGAUCAAACAUCGAAUACCCAUGGCUGAGUCCCAGUUGCAGAAGGUCCGAACAUUGUUCGAUUUGUAUGACUCAGACGCAGACAACACUCUUUCUUUGAAUGAGCUGUGUAAGUUGUUACAAGAAAUUGGAAAUAAGAUAACAGCACUUCCUGCCACCGCUCAAGUGGCUUCUCAGCAAGGAAAGUACCUGGGCAAGAAGCUAAGUCAGUUAGCGAAGAAACGAGAAGUCCUCGAGGCGAACGGCAUACAUGACCUGGACGAGGCUAUAUCCGGGCCAUUCCGCUAUACUCAUCUCGGCAGUCUCGCGUACAUUGGCAACGCCGCAGUUUUCGAUCUAGGCAGUUUGUCGUUCAUGGGCGGCCUUGCCGCCAUGUACGCGUGGCGCAGCAUUUACUGGAGCGAGCAGGUUUCAGCUAGGACACGUUUUCUAUUAAUGAUAGACUGGAUCAUUCGUGGCGUCUGGGGUCGGGACUUGUCCAGGCUUUGA